AUGGACAGAGACGUCAAGCGGAAACGCAGCAGACGUGACGCGUCCGGAACCUGCCAUGGCCAGAGCAGCGACUUCGAAUUGCCCGUUCGCCGGGACUUGCUGAGCCAAUGCUAUGGCACUGUCCAAACACUGCGAGACUACAUCCUCUGCAAGCUCCCCCGAUCCUCGAGGCUGCGCCGCAAAAAGAUUUCUUCGUUGAGAAACGGCAACGAGUUUGAAACCAAUAUCGGACGCUUCCUGGAUACGUCCUUGGUGUGCAUCUGCGACCAACGGCAACAACCCGAGGUGGAGGUGCCCGUGUACGAGCAGUUCCUGUCCUUUUCCCAACGAGGGGAUGAGUCCUACGUCACCCUGUCCGAUGGAAUACCCGCCGCCACCGGUGUGCAGGCUGAGAUUGUCGACUUUGUCGUCUGGAGAUUCUUCAAGCGGGAACAGAGCACUCGGGCGCGACCCAAGCACCUCCUGUGCGAUGGAUAUCGUCGAAUGGCUCGGGAGGGAGACUCGGCCUUGACCACAAUCCCGGGGGUCUACAGCCUCUAUCCCAACUCUCACGUGGCAACCCUCAAGCGAGAGCCCUGGCCACAUCUGCUGGCGCUGCUGGGCCAGUCAGGGCAGAAAAUCAUGCUGGAUUUGCUUGUCGAUUGUUCAAUUUUCAUCGCUCUCGAGAUAGACCUCGGCAACUACUAUCAGCUCAGCGGCAUGCCGCUCGCCGAACUUGACUUGUCCAGGAAUCGGUCGUCGCCGGCAGAGAUCACAGCCAGGAAACCAUCAGACAUAACGCUCGUCAGAAGUCGAAUAUUUUAUGCCAAGCCAACGCUCACAGCUCGUGGCCGUGUUCACUUCGGUUACAAACACAUUCACGUUCUAAAUCGAUGUCUGUAUUCUCAGCAGUCGUUGCAGAAUGGUGAAGUGCCGACACCGAAGGAUAAGGAUGCAACCAAACGCAACGAAGCCAACACUUGCAAGGUGAUGAUGUACAUGUUCCCGCGCCAGUUUGGACUACACAACGUCUUCAGCUCAACAGUAAACUUCCUGGAAACGGCCCAGAAGUUCCAGGACUAUACUUGGCGGGAAGAAGAGAUUGCAGGGUUGAUCGCAAAGGCAGAUGGCACCUCUAUCGGGGGGCAGUCCUUAAAAUUACCCAAGAGACUCAGGGGGGCAACCAGGACCUUGGUUCAGAGACUUCAGAUCCUUCACGGGCGCUGCUCAUACGCAGAGCUUCUCCGUCAUUAUUGCCCAACGUUUCUCGACAGGCGCCGCACUCGUAAUUCCAACACGACCAACGCGCAACCAGAGACCUCAUCUUGCGCUGCGGCGCUGGGACAGGCAGUGACAAACGGAGUGCCACCAGUCGCAUGCCGCCCGAAGAAAGUCAACCGUCUGAAUUCUCAGCUACCUUUGCUCCCGUCUGAUGUCAACUCUCUUGAAGCGCUGGCUUGUCCUGCGUCGCACGUGUCAGCAUUUUGCCAAGCAGUUCUCUCCAAGAUAAUACCGAAUGACUUUUGGGGCGAGGGUGAUGCAAUGUGCCACAACCGGGCGGUAUUCCUGAACAAGGUAGACCACUUCGUUAAAUUGCGGCGCUUCGAGUCGAUGACGUUGCACGAAAUUUCCCAAGGUCUCAAGGUCGUAGGUCUGGCCUGGCUUCGACCGCCUGGCCAGCAAGGCCACAGGCUUGGGCAGACCGACAAGGGCAAGCGAGAUGAAAUCUUUCUCGAAUUUUUGUAUUAUGUUUUUGAUUCCCUCUUGAUACCCCUGAUACGGAGCAACUUUUACGUGACCGAGUCCAAUCAAAACCGCUCUCAACUGUUUUACUUCCGCCACGAUGUCUGGAGGGCUAUCGCGGAGCCGGCCAUGGCAGACAUCAAGAAGAGUAUGUUUGAAGAGGUCAACACCGUGGAAGCGCAGCAAAUCCUCAACUCCAGACGGCUUGGCUUCAGCCACAUACGACUAUUGCCCAAGGGCAGCAAGCUGCGCCCGAUUAUGAACCUGCGACGGCGUCAGCUGAGCAAGGGCUCCUCAAAGCUUCUCGGUCCCAGCAUCAACACCGUUCUGAAACCGGUUCACACCAUUCUGAAGUUUGAAAAGGAUACCAAUCCUCUGAAACUGGGAUCAACCAUGUUUUCUGUCGAUGACAUGUAUCCUCGGCUCAAGGACUUCAAGAAAUCUUUAGGUCCGAUGAAUGGACGCCUUUACUUUGCCAAGGUGGAUGUUCAAGCCGCCUUCGACACCAUUCCACAGAAAGCAGUCAUCAAAAUCAUUGAGACCGUUCCUACAGAGAAGACUUACACCAUGAUUAAGCACGCCGAGGUGCGACCUGGCGAGCGUGCAAUGCUCGUACCCAAUAAACCGGCAACUAAACCAGUGAAGCGCUGGCAUGCAAAUGCUUUUGCCGCAAGUCGCGACGGCGCACCACUCCAACAGCGACUACACGGCGAUCUUGGCCGCAGAAGGAGAAACACGGUCUUUGUGGACAGUGCCAUGCAGGUGCAGCACGACGCAAGCUCGCUCAUGAAACUAUUGGCAGACCACGUGGAGCGAAAUCUGGUCAAGAUUGGCAAGAAAUACUACAGGCAAAGAACUGGCAUACCUCAGGGUUCGAUUCUGUCUUCGCUCAUGUGCAACUACUUCUAUGCCGAUCUGGAGAAGCAGCGCCUGGGUUUCCUCAACUCGCCAGACUGCUUGCUCAUGAGGCUCAUUGACGACUUUUUGCUGAUCACUCUUGACAAGGCCAAGGCUAUCAAGUUUGUGCAAACGAUGCACCAAGGUGUACCCGAGUAUGGCGUCAAGGUCAAUCAAAAGAAGACGUUGGUCAACUUCGAGAUGCAGAUGACCGGUGGCCCCGUUUCCAGAGCAAACGGGGCGUGUUUUCCAUACUGCGGCGUUUCCAUCGAUUGCCAGUCACUAGAAAUUAUGAAGGACAGAGACCGGAGCAACGUUAGUGAGAGCUCGUUCACCGUCGAGUUUGGCCGCUCGCCUGGACAAAACUUUCAGCGGAAGGUUCUAAACUCGUUCAAGAUACAGUCGAACCUUAUGCUCUACGACACGUCUCACAAUUCCACCAAAACUGUCCUGCGAUCCCUACACGGCGCCUUUCGCGAGACGGCAUUGAAGAUGUGGAUCUACAUCCGCUGCUUGACUCGGCCUCAACAGCCCAGCACGCGUUUGAUAACCCGUACCAUUUCCAAAGUUGCCGAGGUCGCUUUUUUGAUCCUGUCAAGCAAGGCGAGGAAGAAGCAGUAUCCGCUAUAUUCAUGCGACAUUCGCAAGGGACAGGUAGUUGCAACGGCAUAUGGUGCAUUCCUAGAAGUCUUGAGUCAAAAGCAAUCGAGAUAUGGCGACGUGAUAUCGUGGCUUCAAGCGCAAAAAAUAAGAGCACCCUCGGGGUGCAAUUAA